GCUAACGUGCGGCCGCGACACUUGUCGCGUGCCUUAUCUGGAGUUGGGCCUUCGCAGCGAACUCAACAGAAGCACACCCACGAUUUUCUACAGUGGUUUGCUGCACGGCGACGAAGUGGUGGGCCCAACAGUCGCGGUUUACAUGGUGGCCCUUCUUGCCUCUCAGUUCUCUGAAAUUGACGAGGUCAUCCUCAAACCCUAA